UCCAAAUUGAGAGAGAGAGAGAGAGAGAGAGAGAGAGAGAGAGAGAGAGAGAGCAAACCCUAGAGGUUGAAAUGAGAAAAGAGAAGUUGAGGUGUGGGACUUUCUUUGGCUUCUCCUAAGAAUCACAUCAGCUUUCACCCACUCAUCUUACCUAUAAAGCUUGGUCUUCCCUUGAACAUUUCCCCCCAACAAUUUUCAAGAGAGAGAGAGAGAGAGAUGGGUAGAGCUCCUUGUUGUGAUAAGGCAAACGUGAAGAAAGGUCCAUGGGCUCCUGAAGAAGAUGCCAAGCUAAAGGCUUACAUAGAGAAGUAUGGUACUGGUAAUAACUGGAUUGCUCUUCCCCAGAAGAUCGGGAUUAAGAGAUGCGGAAAGAGUUGUCGAUUGAGAUGGCUGAAUUACUUGAGGCCAAACAUCAAGCAUGGGGGAUUCUCUGAAGAAGAAGACAACAUCAUCUGCAGCCUCUAUAUUAGUAUUGGGAGCAGGUGGUCGGUAAUUGCUGCUCAGUUGCCAGGAAGAACAGAUAACGACAUCAAGAAUUAUUGGAAUACAAAGCUCAAGAAAAAAUUGCUUGGAAGGCGCAAAAUUUCUAACAACCACCGGUUUUUGGCAACGACGCAUGAUCCAAAAGAAUCAAACGGACUAGAAAACUCGUGCACAGAACCGGCAUUAAGCAACUCAGCCCUGGAAAGACUUCAGCUCCACAUGCAACUUCAUAGUUCUACUGUACAAAACCCUAAUCUGUCUCUUUACAAUUACAACCACCCUGCAUUUUGGCCUAAUAAGUUGCAUCCCGUACAAGAAAAGAUGAUCCAAAGCCUCCAAUUCUCCAGCAAUUGCCUUAACCCCAUGCUUUUGAUGCAACAACAACAACAACAUGUUGACUUCUACGAACCCCUCAAUACUGCUCAACAAGACUACUCGGAAACGAAAAGUUCAAAAUUCGAUGAAUUGGAGGAUGCUUUCAAUCGAGUUGGCAUGGAAUUACAGACAAAUGGAGGAAUCUCGAGUCUUUCGAAGAUCCAAGCUGAGCUAGACGAUCUUGUGAACAACAAAAUAGUUGGGAGUAAUUCCUCCCAGCAAGAGGAGGAUUUUGAAGCUGAUCAAUUUGAUUGUUUCGAAGCGAUGGAUGGCUCGAAGGGCGGUUUGAUCUGGUGGACUGACAAUUUCGAAUCGAAAUCAGCUUCGUCGAACUCUUGGGAUUCGGCUUCUGUGUUUCAAUCUGAGGGAGGGUACCGUGGUCAUGAACUAUAAACUACCAUAGUUUACAGAGAGAAAUGAUCACAUGAGGGGUGGUGCAUGUGUGUAGGGUUAUUCCAAGCUCAUAAUAAAAAGGGGAGAAAUAUUAUGAUCAUCAUCAGUAUUGUAAAGCUUGUGAAUAAUGAUCGAUGUUAUGUCCUUAUAGGACCCGUUUAUUGUGAAUUUUUGAUUGAUCAC